AUGAGUGUCAUUUCCCCAACAAUUACUACAACGCUGACGUCAAAGUUGGUGACUGUUGCUGCCGGAUGCUUUUGGGGUGUUGAACGAGUGUUCAGCAAAUACUUCAAAGGCAAGGGAUUAGUGGAUGCCAAGGUGGGAUAUGCCAACGGGAUUAAGUCUGUUGGACAUGUUGAUUACAAAAAGGUGUGUCUGGGGUCGACGAAUUUCGCCGAAGCACUCCAGAUCUCAUAUGAGCCUUCUCAGGUGUCAUUGAAGGAACUCUUGGAUAUCUUUUUCAGAAUCCACGACCCCACCACGGUCAAUGCCCAAGGUCCUGACCAUGGUACUCAAUACAGAAGUGCAAUUUUCGUUCACAAUGACGAGGACUUGAAGAUUGCCCAAGAAAUCAAAGAGCAAUUCCAAAAGGAAUGGUACCCAAACCACAAGAUAGCCACGCAGAUCGAGCCAAUUGAGAUCUGGUACGACGCCGAAGACUACCAUCAGAAGUACUUGGACAAGAAUCCUGGUGGGUAUGAGUGUCCCACACAUUUCUUGAGAACCAAGCCUAAGGUUUGA